UCCACGGAGCGCCCGUCGCUCCUCCAGCUCGGCCAGGUCCGUGGGAUCCUGCCGGGCAGACAGAUGUUUACCCUCCCUAAGAAGGAGUCCAGGGCACCUACCACCUGUCUGGGCCUGGACACUAACUAUGGGGACGGUUUGGAAAGAGAAUGCUCCAGAAAACCAGACCAGAAGCUGCCAGAGCACUAUGGAGUGGGCGAUCCCACCCCCACGUUCUCCUCUGAUAGCUCCCACCUGUCCUCCAGAGGAAGAAUCAGUAAGUGGUUCUGGGACUCGGCUGAGGAGGGCUACAGGACCUACCACAUGGAUGAGUAUGAUGAGGACAAGAACCCCAAUGGCAUCAUUAACUUGGGCACCAGUGAGAACAAGCUCUGCUUUGACCUUCUGUCCAGUCGGCUGAGUCAGAGUGACAUGCUGCAGGUGAAGCCGUCUCUGUUGCAGUACCCUGACUGGAGGGGACAUCUGUUCCUCCGGGAGGAAGUGGCCAGGUUCCUGUCUUUCUACUGCAGGAGCCCUGCACCCCUUAAGCCAGAGAAUGUGGUUGUCCUGAACGGCUGUGCCUCUCUUUUCUCUGCUCUGGCCACGGUGCUGUGUGAGGUCGGCGAGGCUUUCCUGAUCCCUGCGCCUUACUAUGGAGCCAUCACACAGCACGUCUAUCUCUAUGGCAACGUCCGACUGGUCUAUGUCUACCUGGACAGUGAGGUCACUGGGCUGGACACACGCCCCUUCCAGCUCACAGUGGAGAAGCUGGAGGUGGCCCUGCAAGGAGCUAAUGCUGAGGGUGUGAAAGUCAAAGGCCUCAUCCUCAUCAACCCCCAGAACCCUCUGGGAGACAUCUACUCCCCAGGAGAGCUGCGGGAGUACCUGGAGUUUGCCAAGAGGCAUGAGCUGCACGUGGUGGUGGAUGAGGUCUACAUGCUGUCUGUGUUUGAGAAGUCGCUUGGUUACCGCAGUGUCCUGAGCCUGGAAAGGCUGCCUGACCCUCAGAGGACCCAUGUGAUGUGGGCCACCAGCAAGGACUUCGGGAUGUCCGGCCUCCGCUUUGGCACGCUGUACACAGAAAAUCGGGACGUGGCCACUGCAGUGGCUUCCCUCUGCCGCUACCAUGGCCUCAGCGGCUUGGUCCAGCACCAGGUGGCACAGCUGCUCCAGGACCGCGACUGGAUCAACCAGGUGUACCUGCCCGAGAACCACGCCCGGCUCAAGGCUGCUCACGCCUAUGUCUCCGGAGAGCUCCGGGCCCUGGGGGUCCCCUUCCUGAGCCGGGGCGCAGGCUUCUUCAUCUGGGCCGACCUGAGGAAGUACCUGCCCGAGGCCACCUUUGAGGAGGAAAGGCUGCUGUGGCGCCGCUUCUUGGACAACAAGGUGCUGCUGUCCUUCGGCAAGGCCUUCGAGUGUAAAGAGCCCGGGUGGUUCCGCCUGGUCUUCUCGGACAAGGCCCACCGGCUUUGCCUGGGGAUGCAGAGGAUCCGGCAGGUGCUCACGGGCACACUCCAGGGGGCAGAAGACCCCCCUUCCUCUCAGACCCAGGAGCCAAGGGGCCAGCACAUCUGAGCUGGCCAUUGCCUUGUGGCCCGUACUGCCAGCCUGAGGUGUGUUCAGGGAUCCAAAGACUGGUCGUGGCUGAGCCGUUGGCCAGGAAGAUAGCCCUGCCCCUGAAGAAGAACUGUUCCUUGCCUCUCUCAGUGCCAGUGGAGACUCCUUACGUUGUGUUCGACCCCUUCCCACUCUAUUAAACAAAACUGGGAGGAA